AUGGAAAAGGUUGAAAAAGUUACUACAAUAACGGAUUUAAUUUCCAAACAUAAUAGAUCCAAAGGAAUAGUUGAAGAAAUUAACCCGAAUAUUGAAAGACUCCUUAGUGAAUGUAGCGAUAAUCACCAGCUUUUAAUCCAUAAAAACCAGAAAAAAGAUAUAUCUGAAAAUAAUGUUAAAAAAGAGGAAAAACCCAAGGAAUUUACAAAAGUUAAAUAUGACAAGAACAAUGAUCCAAGAAUUGAAAAUACAUUAUUUGUCGGAAAUGUAACCCUUCAUGUUUCUGAAAAAGAGUUACUACGUAAAUUGGAAAUUAAACAAAAUGAAGUGGAAUCAAUGAGAUUUAGGUCUUUACCUAUUCAUCCCAAAUUUGCCUCAAAGAAAAAGGUUGGGGCAGCAUUGGAGUGUUUUUCUGGAAAUUGCAGUACUAAAAACGCUUAUAUUGUUUUGAAAGAAAAGGAAAGGAUGAAGCAAAUUAUUGACAAAUUUUCGGGAGCUAUUUUGGCAGGAAAUAUUCUUCGUUUAACUCCAGCAUCGAAGGGAAAUCAAUUCAGUACUUUUGACCGUAAGAGAACUGUAUUUAUUGGAGGAUUACCAAAAUUCUGUACUGAAGAUGAACUCCGUAAAUUUGUUAAUAUAUCAUUAAACGAAGAUUGUGUUCACUCUGUCAGAAUUAUCAAAUCAGCUACUACUGGAAAACCCAAAGGGUUUGGAUUCGUAUUAUUUAAUGACAGAAAGUUUGUCCUUUCUUCAGUUAAGAUACUUAAUGGAGCCCAAUUCAAAGAUUCCAAUAUUUCAGUUACAAGAGCUUUAUCAGAAGAAGAAGCAAAAAGCAAAAAUAAUUCAGAAAAUUCAAAAAGAAGGAUUAUUAAGAAUAAGGCCAAAAAUAAAGUUAAACAAGAAAAAGAUGACACAGUAGAAAAAAAACAAAUCUCUAAAAAGAAUGCCAAAAAUAAAGUUAAUAAGCUUAAAAAAAAACUUAAAAAAGUUAUCAAAAAAAAACCCAAAACCAAAAAAGCCAAAUCGAAACUAUGA